AUGAAGACAGUAUUGCGUCUCUGUAGCCCUAUCAAUGGCAUUAUCAGCCGUCCCAAACUAUCACUACAAUGGCCCAUCACCUCCUCCCCCCUGCACCCCUAUCAACACAGACAUACAAGCUCCCACCCAUCCCCAUCACCACCACGCACGUUCCCCACAACAGGAUACGAACUCCUCAAUCACAUCCCCAAGCUAGAAGAAGAAUCUCUUCCCGACUACCGAGCCGAGCGAUUCUACCCCGUUCACAUCGGUGAAGUCUUCAAUUUCCGAUACCAAGUCAUCACCAAGCUAGGCUUCGGAUCCUCAUCCACCGUCUGGCUAUGUCGUGACUACAGCCAGAAAUACACCCGCCUCAUCCACGACUCCUUCGAGAUCCAAGGCCCCCACGGAAUCCACCCAUGUAUUCUCUACCAGCCAUCCGGAAUGGACAUCUGCGAUUACAUCCAAUGUCUGGAGGGCAACGCAUUACCAGAGGAUCUCCUCCGCGUAACCAUCCGGUUUAUGCUCAUUGCGCUGGAUUAUCUCCAUUCGGCUAAUGUGGAAGAACUCAACGAGCCUGCUCCGCGGAAACACCUUCCGGAUAAUAGAACCAUCUACGCUACGCGCGGAAUGCCCUUCACGACUGGGGAACCUAUGCUCGCUGAUCUGGGGGAGGCGAGAUUACUUCCCACUGAUACGGGCACGCAGACUAGUGGUUCUAUCAUCAUGCCGGGGUUAUAUAGAGCCCCGGAAGUAAUGCUUAAUAUGGAGUGGGAUGAGAAGGUGGAUAUAUGGGCUUUGGGGCAGACGGCAUGGUCCCUACUUCAAUCAAACUACCUCUUCACCAACACCCCACAACUGACUACACAGGAUGAUCAUGCUCGUCGCUUCGCAGAGAUGAUAGCCCUGCUUGGGCAUCCACCUGUUGAGUUUCUGGGUCGGAGUGAGGAGAGUAGGAGGUUUUGGGAUCGAGAUUGUAACUGGAAGAGUCACGUAGAGAUUCCUGAAGAAUCCCUGGAUGAUCGAGUGACGCGACUCGAGGGCGACAGGAAGAGGCUUUUUCUGCGGUUUCUGCGGAAGACUUUGAGCUGGGUUCCUGGGGAGAGGCCGAGAGCGAGGGAGUUGUUGAUGGAGGAUGAGUGGGUUAGGGGGGAGGAGUAUUGA